AUGGUUAAUUUUUCACCUCUCAACAUCUUCUUCGUAUUACAGCAUCACUUCUGUUUAUUUUCGCAACGGCAAAUCAGUAAUUUAUGCCAAAAUCUCAACAACAAUCGUCUUUCGUUACCGUAAAUUACGAGUAUUUGACAAUUGUUGCGCGUAUUCAAGCCACGAACUCGGUGCAUUAUUACUUACUCGUUUAUUUCGCGUGCAUUUUUACCUACCUACCUUGUGAUUUAGUACAAUGUUGGAAUUAUUGAGCAAGUCUGUGAAGCACAUCACCAUCGAACCGGUAUACUUCUUUCACUACACCACGUACAUCUUGCUGGACCUGAUCAACACUAACCUAUACCUACAGAAAGCCUGUCGUUUCAAUGCAACAACCGAGCCAGACUUGAGUACGCCUUGUGAUAAUGAAAAACAAGGAGUAUUAUUCGCCUCGAAGAUAAACUCUAAUUAUCGUUACGUCAUGUUCACCGUGUGCAUAUUGUAUACAAUGUUGGCCACGUGCUGGAGCGACGAAUCAGGUCGACGUCGAAGACCUCUCAUCUUUUUGCCAAUCUUCGGUCAAAUCUUGCAAUCGAUCAACGGCUGCGUACAUUCGUAUUUCUGGUACUGGACUCCUUUGUCAGCAGCCAUCUCGGAUAUGAUAUUCGAAAUGUCUGUCGGUGGCAUUAGCUUGAUGAUCAUCGCCGUCCAGAUUUACGUUUGCGAUAUGUCCAAUACGGAAAAUCGCACCAUGAGGUUAGGAUUACUAUGGGGAGUGAAGACUUUAUGUAUGCCUGUAGGCAACGGAAGCGCUGGAUUCUUACUGCGAACCAUCGGAUUCUUCUACUCGUAUUUCGUAUGUUUGGUGUUAUCGGCUAUUUCGCUGCUAUUAGUAGUAAUUCUAGUCAAGGAUAUAUCCGUUGUUCCGGCAGAGAAGCCGAGUUUUUUGCAAUUAUUCAACCCGAUCCGUAUUGUCCACAGUUUCAAAGUUGUUUUUAAAAAAACCCUAGGAAGUAAAAGAUCGCUCGUUUUAUUACUAUUGAUUGCAUACGUUGCCGUGUAUUUCACUUUUCAAGGAGAAAAAACCGUAUUUUAUUUAUUCAUCAGGUAUAAAUUUCAUUGGGAUGAGAAGCAAUUUAGUCUUUAUCUCGUCUAUCGAAAUAUCGUCGUUGUUUCCGGUACCUUGUUCUGUUCUUUCAUUCUGAGUAAAUGGUUGAAGAUCCAUGAUGGUUUGAUUGGAGCUUUUGCAGGGAUGUGGGAUAUUGUUGCGGUGAUUGCUUAUCUUUUGGCUGAUCGAGAUUGGCAACUUUAUGUUGCGGCUUUGUUUGAUCUGUUUCAUGGUACUGCGUUGUCUGUCAGCGUUUCUUUCUUAAGUAAAUUCUAUCAAGGCGACGAGUUCGGAAGAUUGAAUGCAGCUCUUAGUCUUUUCGCGCUGGCUAUUCCGUUUAGUCACCCGGCAUACAAUAUAGUUUUUCAGAAAACUAUCGAUUAUUUUCCAUCAGCAUUCUUUUUCAUUAGUCUUUUCAUAAAUGUUAUGGUUUUUGUGUUGUAUUGUGUUUCGUACAUAAUUUGCCGAAUAAUGAAGAUAACCACUUGAGGAAAAAUUUCCACAUGAGGAACAAUUAUGGCAAUAAACUACUCGAUAACGAGGCGACCGACUUAAUAUAAUAUUACCUAUGUAUUUUAUUUUUUUAUUGUUAUAUUUUUACAUUCAGGUGACCCUGCAUUUAUAUUUUUUUUUCAAGAUAGGUACCUUUCUAUUUUUUUUUUUUUUUGAAAAUGUUAUCCUAUUUUAAGUCUGGUAGGAUAUUUUUAGUUUGAAAAAUUUUAAGGAUAAUGUAUAAUCAUUUUGAGACUAAAAUUGGGUAUUUUUAUUAUUAAGAUUUGUG